CCUUAAACACAAACCUCUUCUUGUCAUUAAAAAAAUUAAAUAGCAUGUCAAAAGAUAAUUUCGAUAAUGGAUCAGUUAGUGCAAAGACAAUCAGUUCUUCAAGCACAGAAUCAUCAAAAGAAAGAAAACAAAGAAACAGGAAAAAAUCAAAAGUCGAAAGAACCCGUUACUCUACACAAUGCAAAAUACUCCUAAUGGUGCUCGCUUUAAUAAGUUUUCUUCUGCUAAUUAUUAUACUCCUCAUUGGUUACCUGUGGUUUCCCAAAUAUUUAGACACUAAAAUAGUGAAAACUAAAGAAAAAAUUAGAACCAAAUAUAUAAAUACAACCGUUUGCAGAUUUUACUUUUUCAAUAUAACAAAUCCAGAGCAGGUUAGAAAUGGUUAUCAAGUCAAAUUGGAAGAAAUUGGACCGUACGUGUAUAACGUAGAAGUGGAAAUUAAAGGCAAUUAUAAGAGUGAAGUAAAUAAAUUCGAUGCAGUGGCAUCAAGCCCUUUAACUGAAGAUGAUAAAAUUUUUCCAAUAAAUAUUAUAUUUCUUCAUAGUAUAUAUUCCCUUUUAAAUCAAACAGAAUUGAAUACAAUGAUUCUUCAGAACAAAAUAUACGAGAAAGCAUUUAAUAAAAAUGCAAAUAUAUUUUUAACUACCACAAUUAAAGAAUUUUUUCAUCACGGAAUUAAUUAUUGCGUUCCAUCAACUGACCCCAAUGACGUAUUUUACACUGAUUUUUGUAAAAGAGUUGCUGAAAUUUGGGGGUUAAUGAAUUAUGGAUCAGAAAAGAAAAGAUUCUCAAUACCAUAUUUUCAUUUUCAUAUGAAAAGAAUAGUUGAUGUUAUAGAAUAUUAUGAAGCCACGGAAAUAUGGAGAAGAAACGAGUAUAAAUGUAACGAGAUACGUGGAAUCAUUGGUGGCAAUUUUCCAAAGCGUCUCAAAGCAAAAAUUUAUGAAUGGUACAUUUGGUUUUUAUGUAGGCAAAUGAAGUUUGCGUAUAAUGCCAUUGAGUACAGAGGAAACGUUCGGGCGUAUAGGUUCGUCGCUUUAGCAAAUAGUUUUCAUGGUAGCAUAUCGGAAAAUAGAUGCUACUGUAUCCCAGGUAAUGCUACUGGAAACUUUCUAAAUUCACUUGGCUGCUAUCCAGAUGGAGCCAUUGAUGUCACCAAUUGUGUCCAUAAAACUAUGAUAAUGUCUUUUCCUCAUUUCUUACAUGCCAAUGAAAUUUACCACGGAUGGGUUAAUGGGCUAAAUCCAGAUCCAAGAAUUCACGAGUCAUUUGCCAUUGUGGAACCAACAAGCGGAAUUCUGCUGCAUUCUAGAUUAUCAUUUCAACAAAACGUACCUUUACGAUCAAUAAGUUGUGUAAAUACAUUGCAACAUGUUAGUAAAGCUGUUAUACCGCUACUUUGGUACGAGACAGAGUAUAAGCUGCCAGAUUCGGCCCUUAAAGAAUUAGACAAUGAGAUUUGUCAUAAGGUGAACGCUAUUAAGUAUAUGAAACUAGUAUUUGGGAUAUUAAGUCUAUCGGCCUUUAUAAUUUUAUUAGCUUUAGCAAUAAGUUAAGCUGUUAUCAAUAAAGGUAUUAAAAACUA